CAAAGAAAGGGGAGUCAGACAAGGGAAAAACAAGUAGAGAGAGAGAUCAGAGAAAAUUGAGAAGAUAUAGCCAUGCGAAAUCGCAGCAGAAGUAGUAUCCUGCUCGUCUUCCUCGUUUUCUCCAUACUACUUCUCUCAUCCACUGCCCGUUACGUCCUUGUCCUCACGCAGGAUGACAUCUCCGACUCACCCAUCCCUUCCGUCGAAGACGGCGACCUAUCUUACUCAUCAGGAGAUUGGGAUGAGCUUGGUGAAUACGACUCUAAGACCGAUGAAGAGCUUGAUCCAGGAUCAUGGAGGUCGAUCUUCGAAGACGAUACCGUGACAGCUGGCGCCGAUCCCGCAGUUACAAGCGGGGACGAGGCGUUGUAUUACUCUGGAAUAAGUAAGAUUUCUUCUGCCGUCAGUUCCGGCGAUUCGACACUAAUGGAGGAGGCGGCAUCGGAGAUUGAGGCUGCCGCCGCCGCUGGAUACCCACACGCGCAGUCAACCUUAGGGUUUCUAUAUGAUACUGGGAUGAUGAGAGAAAGGAACAGAGCUAAGGCGUUUACAUACCAUCAUUUUGCUGCUGAGGGUGGGAAUAUGCAGUCAAAGAUGGUUCUUGCUUAUACAUAUAAUCGACAAGAGAUGCAUGAGAAGUCUGUUAAGCUAUAUGCUGAACUGGCCGAGGUGGCUAUUAAUAGCUUUUUGAUAUCAAAGAACACGCAUGUGAAUGAUCCGGUGAGGAUUCAUACUGGAGCUGAGGAGAACAAGGAGGACUUAAGAAAGUUGAGAGGAGAAGAUGAUGAGGAUUUCCAGAUAUUAGAAUACCAGGGUGAGAAAGGAAAUGCAGGAGCAAUGUACAAACUUGGGAUAUUUUAUUACUUUGGACUGAGAGGAAUAAGGCGUGAUCAUGUCAAGGCAUUGUCUUGGUUCUCCAAAGCUGUGGAGAAGGGGGAGCCGAGGGCAAUGGAACUUCUUGGUGAGUUAUAUAUGAGGGGAGCUGGUGUAGAGAGAAACUAUACAAAGGCACUUGAAUGGUUAACACUGGCUUCCAGGCAGCAUCAUUAUUCUGCAUAUAAUGGACUGGGAUAUUUAUAUGUUAAGGGCUAUGGAGUGGACAAGAAGAACUAUACAAAAGCAAAACUAUACUUUGAGAAGGCUGCUGAAAACAAGGAAUCUGGUGGUUAUUACAACCUCGGAGUUUUGUAUCUCAAAGGAAUCGGCGUAAAGAGGGAUGUGAAGGUGGCUCGUGAGCUCUUUAUGACUGCUGCUAAUGCAGGGCAACCUAAAGCAUUUUACCAAUUGGCAAAGAUGUUCCAAACUGGCAUUGGGUUGAAGAAAAACCUUCAAAUGGCUACUUCUCUAUAUAAACUAGUUGCAGAACGUGGACCAUGGAGUUCUUUGUCACGGUGGGCCCUGGAAUCAUACUUGAAAGGUGAUGUGGGUAAGGCACUCUUCUUGUAUUCAAGGAUGGCUGAGCUAGGUUAUGAAGUGGCUCAGAGUAAUGCCGCAUGGAUACUUGACAAAAUUGGAGAACAAAGCAUGUGUAUGGGGGAAACAGGAUUUUGUACUGAUGUUGAAAGGCAUCAACUUGCCCAUACUUUAUGGUGGCAAGCUUCAGAACAAGGAAAUGAACAUGCUGCCUUGUUAAUUGGGGAUGCAUACUACUAUGGUCGAGGUACUGAGAGAGAUUACGUGCGUGCAUCAGAAGCUUAUUUGCAUGCUAAAUCUCAGGCCAAUGCACAAGCUAUGUUCAAUCUCGGUUUCAUGCAUGAACAUGGUCAAGGUCUUCCAUUCGAUCUUCAUCUUGCUAAGCGUUACUAUGAUCAAGCCUUGGAGACUGAUACUGAUUCAAAACUACCUGUUACACUGGCUCUUGCUAGUUUAUGGAUACGAACGAAUUACGCAGAUAGUUUCUUGGUAGAAGUGAUCAAUUCCCUGCCGGAAUUCUUUCCUAAACUGGAAGCAUGGGUGGAAGAUGUUCUUAUGGAGGAAGGAAAUGCAACAAUACUCACCCUUGUUGUGUGCUUGCUAACUGUCCUCUAUUUCCGCGAGCGACAGCGUAGGAAUGCUGCAGCUGCCUUGCAACGUCAACAGCCUGAAAAUGCUGUACAAUUCCAACUCUGAUUAUGGUUUGUGAAACGUGUUUAUUGUCUGUCGGGUCAUUAUUUUCAAUAUUUUGUACUGAUAACUGAAACUUUAUUGCUAAUUUAGCUGGAAAAACUUCAAUAAGCUUGCAGA